AUGUAGCAAAAACUCGAUGAAAAAGAUGCCAAGUUACAUUCGAGAGUUAAUAAGAGUUAUCUAAAUUUGUUGAAUGCUUACAUUAUUUGCCUACAGUCUAUAGCACUUUUUCAAGAUGCAACGAUCUCUAACUUGCAAAAACUGUUAUCAGAACUAUGAUUUUUUAAAAGAUAAUAAACCAAUUGGUCCACACAUUCCUCUUAUGCUGCCCUGUGGGCAUACAUUUUGUGAAGGUUGUCUUUUGAAAGCAGCAAAAAAACAAUCUGAGAUAAAAUGUUUUGAAUGUGAGGAAGUUCAUAAAUUGGAGGUUAAUGGAGAAAUAGGAGUAAAACACUUUCUUCCUGAUAUUUAUCUGUUAGGACUGAUAUCUUAUAAUCGAAGACUCACUAUUGAAAGUUCACAGAGCUACUUAUGUGGUGGACCUUUAAGCAGUUUUAAUGGUUUGGGAUGUAUAGCUCAAAAGAUAAAUUCUUCUGUAUUUAAUGAGAAUAUAGAAUCUGAUAAAACAAUGAGUGAAAGUUCUAAUAUAUUAUGUGAAGAGUGUUUAACUAAGAAUGCAACAUGUCAGUGUAACAUAUGUGAAAAUUGUAAGUUUUGUGAUGCGUGUUUCAACAAAAUACAUCAAGGCUCAAAAACUCUGAGUAAACAUCAGUCAAUUUCUCUUAGUUUGGAGAGUGAUAUUGAAAUUUCAUGUUCUGUACAUCACGGAAGAAAGUUAGAGUUUUAUGACCAACAGUUGAAGCAACCUGUGUGCGCCUUGUGUGCUAUAUCUGAAAAAUGUCAAGGACAUCAUAUUGCACCAAUAAUUGAAAUGUUUGAUAAUAAAGAUCUUCAUAAAGCUUAUCAACAGGUCCAAGAAACAUUGUUUUGGUUGCAGCACUCAAAAGAGAAAUUAAAAACAUCUAUACCUUCAGAAAUUGAUGAAGUUAACAAAAUAUUUACUGAUAUUCAUUCAAAGUUUAAUACAGCACACUCACUUCUUCAAAAGCGGCAAAUAGAAAUUCUUGAAGAAGUUGCAGAUACUUUGCUUACAGAUACAAGUUCUACAAAUAAAUUGAUAGAAUCUAUAUCAAAGAAACUAAGCUGUCUUAAUGCAACACUUAAAGACUAUGAAUGUGUGAAAAAAGACCAAAGAAUAAUGAGUUUGAAAUCUUCUAAGUUAUUGAAAUCAUUAAAUGACUUUGUUGAUAUACCCUGCAUUUUACAAAUUGAUCAAGAUGGUUAUAGGAUUAAGUCUCAUUUGAAUGAAGACUUCAUUUAUGAAUGUGUUUUUUUAAAAACUCAGAAAAAUGAAAAAUUUAAGUUGAAAAAACUAAAUGAAGUAUCCACUGAAAGUUUGGAAAAAAUAAUGAACCCUUCUGUUUCAAGUGCCGAAAACUGUUUUUUCAGUCAUAAUUACACUGAUAUUUUUGACACAAGUAGAAGUGCUAAUGAUCUUGUUAAUGUAACUUUUGUGGAAGAUCCCUAUAACUUCACAGUACAGUUAAAUGCUGACAAGGAACGCUUACUAGUCAUGAUGUCAGCACUCAAUAAACAUUGUCGAAGUGCUAAUUCUCAAACUGACCUUGUGUACAAAGUAGAAAAAGGUCAGUUAUUUUGUGCCCAGUUCUCAGUUGAUAAUUUUUGGUAUCGUGCUCGAGUGGUAACAUCCCACCCCCCAAAUAAACCAGAACUUAUUCCAACUUGGAACAAUGACUUGACUAUACAAGUUCAUUAUGUAGAUUUCGGAAAUAAAGAAUGGUUACCACUUAAUAGGUUAAGACAAAUAAAAAAAGAAUUUUUUGAAUUACCAGAAAUGGGAAUGCCAUGCUCACUAACAGAUAUUGUUCCUCCAUGCCAGGCGCAAUCUUGGUCGACUCGAUCAAUCAAGGCAUUUAAAUCUUUAGUUGCUGAUAAAACAUUACUAAUGACGACUUUUGAAUGCUGUUCUAAUAAGUAUAUUGUUGACUUGCAACUACAUAAUACCUUGGCACAAACAAACAUUGAAAAUGAUCGGCCAGCAUCAAUUCGAGAUGCAUUAGUAUUUAUAGAAGUUGCAUCAUAUUCGCCACACUCAAAACUUAAAAUUGAUGUUAAUCAAUAUAUUAGAAAAUACAAAGAUGCAGUUUGUUUAACUAAAAAAGAGAUGGUUAGUGUCUGUGUAACUAAUAUUGAAAGUCCUGAAUAUCUUUUCAUUCAAAGACUUGAUUCUUCAAUAUUAGAAAUACAGGAUGGUUUGUCCAAGUUAUACAGAGACCAAAAUAAUAGUAAAAUAUGGACAAUUGAGUGGCCAUAUAAAGAUAUGAUUUGCGCUGCAAAAUUUUCUGAGGACGGAAACUGGUAUAGAGCUCUAGUAAAACAAGUUAAUAACAAUGAUUCAGUAGAUGUUGAGUAUGUCGAUUAUGGGAACUGUGAAACUGUUUCCAUUACAUCAAUUAAAAAAAUACCAGAAAUGUAUCUUUUGCUUCCAAAACAAGCUCUCAGAGUAAAACUUUGGAAUUUUGAAAAGAAAAAUCAAGAAGAUUGGUCACCAGAAACAAAGAAAAGUUUUGAAAAAUAUCUUCUUAAUAAGCAACUUGUUGCUGUUGUACAAGAUGUCGUUGAUAACACAAUAUCUGUUGAACUAUUUGAUACAUCUACAGAUAAAGAUAUCAGCAUCAAUGCUUUAUUUUUUGAUAAAGCAAACACUGAUAAAAAGGGAAUUUUACUCGAAAAUAAUACAGCGCAAGCAAUAAAAUCUUACAAGCUGCCAAUUUUUCCUGCGAAACAUAAGUUCAAUGCAAUCUGUGUUCAUAUUGAUCCACACUGCUUGUUUUAUCUUCAACCAGAAGGUUGUAACAAUGUUGUAAUUCAGUUUAUGGAAGAACUGAACUCAGCUCAAUUUAAAUUUGAAAGUUGUCCUAGCACUACUCUACUUAGCAUUAACCAAGCUUGUGUGGCGAGAUUUUCAGAAGAUAAUUGUAUUUACAGAUCAAAAGUCCUUCAAAUUGUUGAUGAUUCUAAAGUAAAGGUCGAGUAUGUUGACUUUGGGAAUUCAGAAAUCAUUGACAAAAGUCAAGUGUGUUUAAAAUCUUGGUAUGACGAAAUACCAAUUCAAUGUUUGUCUAUUCAGUUAGCAGAUGUGAUUCCUGUAAAUAAAGUUUGGUCACAAGAAGCUAUUAAGUUCUUGUCAAGAAAGGUUUCUAAUAAGAUUGUAGAGGUUGGUUUACAGGAGCAUGGCAUCAAUAAUACUUUAAUACCAUCUGCAACUGUCAAAAUUCAAAAUGAAAAUAUUAGUUAUGUACUUGUUGCUGCUGGUUACGCUAAAUCUACUACCAAUUUAAGUUCCUUGAAUGACAAAAAAAAUGCUCAAGCUCAAGUUGUGUUUUCCGAUGCAAAAAAAGUAUCAAAAAUAAUGGAAUAUAAGAAACCGAGAUUUCCUAAUAUUGGAAAACGUUUUGAUGUAAUUGUUACACAAGUCGAUAGUCCAAACCUUGUGUAUAUUCAAAGAUAUCCUCCAAGUGAUGAUUGUCCUUUGUUUGUGGAUGACAGUGAAGAUGUUAGUGCUGCAGAUGCUUAUAAUCAAAUUCAAGAACUAUAUUUAAUGAGCGAAAUGAUUAACCAGGAAAACUAUUUUGAUAAUUUAUUAUACAUUAAAACACCACAUAUUGGAAUGCCUUGUAUUGCUCGCUACACUGAAGAUGGACUUUAUUACAGGGCAAGAAUUGAUAACAUUGACAUGGAUACAAUGAAGGCUGAAAUUAUUUUUGUGGAUUAUGGGACAUCUGAGACCUUGCCGAUUGGCAGUCUAAAACCUAUUACAGAAGAAUUACUACAGCUUCCACUUCAAUCAACAUUAGUUACAAUAUGUGGUAUUAAAAAACUGUCAAAUAAAAACACCGACGAAAAGUGGGAUAUUAAUACUACUAAGCAGUUUUAUAACAUUGUAGCUAACAAAAGACUUAUUGCACAGUGGGUGGGUCAUGAUCAAAACGCUCGCCCAAAAAUUCAUCUUUAUGAUAGGUGCUAUGUUGAAGCGUCAGAAAAAGGUUUAACUAAAGAUUGUUUAAUUGGCGAAAUGAUGUGUCAAUCUGGUUUUGUACGAUUUGAACUCGAUGAACAUGAAACAAUUUUUAAAAAAGUAUUUUAAAUACGUUAGUUUUAAAAUACUUUUUAUAUGUAAGUUUUCAAUUUGAAACAGUUUUGGUACCCUGA